GGAAGUUGCUGAGGGUUCCAUCCCUUAAGAGAAUGGUCUCUUCACCAAAAGCGGAUAAGCACUCUGAUUUCAAUGAAUGCAGUACAUCAUCUGUCGCAGAGAAGGGCCAUUUCUUUGUUUAUACAUCGGAGAGGAAGAGAUUCAUGGUUCCCUUGGCAUAUCUCACUAAUAAUAUCUUCAAGGAGCUCUUGAAGAUAUCCGAAGAAGAAUUUGGAUUGCCGGGCGAUGGCCCUAUUACACUGCCCUGUGAUGCUGCAUCGAUGGAGUAUGUGCUCUCCCUGCUGAGAAGAGGAGUAUCUGAAGAGGUGGAGAGGGCAUUGCUUAGCUCCAUAUUCAUCUCUUGCCAAUCCACAUGCUCUGCUUUUGCAGUAGAAAAUCCACAUGCACUUGCAGUUUGUAGCUGCUGAUUGAUUCUUUGUUCAGAUUCUUUUUGUGAUCUCACAAAACCUCACUUGUA